CAACACUUAACUCUUGGGCCCUUUGAAAACUCGGCCUCCGUUAGCCCCGCCCCCCAAGUCGCAGCCAAACUUACUGUCUCAUUCUCCGGCCAGGCAAACGCUCCGAUUGACCAAUAGGGCUCCUAAAAGGGGCACUCGCCAGGCUGCUCUUUCCUCACCAUGGCAACCGGCGUCCUGUAAACCCUUUCGCUCUUCUGUGCGGAGCGCCAUGGCAGAGUUGGGGCUUAAUGACCACCAUCAGAAUGAAGUGAUCAACUACAUGCGCUUUGCACGCUCCAAGCGUGGCCUUCGCCUCAAGACAGUCGAUUCCUGCUUUCAGGACCUUAAGGACAGCAGGUACCCUGGUGAUAAAAUAACAGGAACACAAUCUCAAAGGUUGGUAGAAGACACGUUUACCAUCGAUGAAGUUACAGACAUACUGGAUGGCUUACAAACCGUGGUACACAGUGAGGUGGAAUCAGAGCUUAUUAACACGGCAUACACCAAUGUGUUACUUCUGCGCCAGAUUUUCUCCCAAGCAGAGAAGUGGUAUCUUAAAUUGCAGACUGACAUUUCUGAGCUGGAAAAUAGGGACUUAUUAGAGCAAAUUGCAGAGUUUGAACAGUCAGAAUUUACAGCUUCAAAUAAGAAACCCAAUCCAGAGCUGGUUAAGCCUAAACUUACUCCAUUGCAUGAUGGGGCAUCAGAACUCCUACAGAAGGAAAUUGCAAGACUUCAAGAAGAAAACGAAAAAUUGAGGAGCAGAUUAAAGAGAAUAGAAGCGCAGGCCACCAGCGCACUGGAUGAAAAAUCAAAGUUAGAGAAAGUUGUGCGAGAUCUAGAGAUUGCUCAGGGAGAUCAAAAGCAUAACACUACACAGGAUCUUAGUGAACUAGAAAGUGGUAUGGCUGAUCUGAAGUACCAGUUAGAAAAGACUCUGAAAGACAGUACUGAAAACCAAAAAUCCCUGGAAGAGAAUCUGGUGUCAACAAAGCAUGACCUUCUUAAGGUUCAAGACCAACUGGCUAUGGCUGAAAAGGAACUGGAAAAGAAGUUUCAGCAAACAGCUGCCUAUCGCAACAUGAAAGAGAUUUUGUCCAAGAAGAACGAGCAGAUAAAGGAGCUAAGAAAGAAGCUUACAAAAUAUGAACCAGAUGAUUAAUAUCAGAAGAACAUCUGCUGUGUAAAAGAACUGCCACGUUGGAAAAGCAGGCCGUUUUGAAAAUAGGUCAUCUGCUUUUGAAUAUGUUACAAGUCAUGCAUUUCAAAAAGUUUGUUUCUAAUUUUCUUUUCUUUUUCUCUCCCUUUUUGGGAAGCAUAUUUUACAUUAGGAAGUCAUAACUGAGAACUGAGAGCCAAAAAAAAAAAAGGACAUAGUCUUAUUUCUGUGUUUCAAGCCUUUUUUAAUAGUUACCUUGUGCAUUGUCUGGAAGAAUAUAAGUGCAGAGAACCUGUAGUAGAGGAACUAUUCUUAUUUUAAUCAAAAUUUUAGAAUUAAAUUUUCAUUCCUUAUAUAUCUGUACAGUGCAGGCCCAAACAAUCUAUUCCAUGCAGUUGACAUGUUUCCUAAAUGUGGUUUAUUUUUGCAGUUACAGUGAUAGCAGGAGGGAAAGGCUGAUUCUGUACAGUAAUAAUAUAAAAUAUUAUCUCAGUAAUUUCCAAUAGAGUUUUAUCACCAAGAGAAAAGUUAUGUGUUUAGGAAGCAGAAAAUUUGGUCUUCCUUGGUUAAUUCACCAGUAAAUAUAUGCAGACUGAAUUUCUUCUGUCUUAACUGGAAGUACUUAAUUUUAUUACAAAUAUUAGACAGGCAUCACAGUGCACUCAGGUACACUUUCCAUUUUAUUUCUCUGGCAUUUGGCUCAGAAUCUAGGUAGACUACACUGAAAUUAAUCAGUUGUGUUUAGCAGGCAUUAUAAACCACACUCUGAAAAUAUUCCAAAUUAAAGGUAAAAAAAUUGUUUGUUCCAAAUCUGUUGACAACAGCCCAGGUGAAACUAAAUGAAAUAAAUGUUUAACAGGAUUUGUGGAAGAUGUUUCUGUGGAAGGACUGUUUCAGUUACAAAGCACUUAUAAAACAUUCUUGUAUUUAUUCUUUUAAGCUUUAUGUUUCUGUUGACCAUUAUUAUAUGUUCAGUGUUUUUAUAAAACAAGUUACUAAGAUUUUAAGGCA